GUUACUAAAUCAUCAAAUGACGUCACUGGAAUUUCAAGAUGGCCUCGGAUCACGGUCAGGAUACGGACAUCUACCGGUCUGAGUCAGGAAAGCUUUUAUGUUUUAACGGGCAUGUCUAUUAACUUACGUUAUUUGCAUACUAUUAAUAUUUACCCUGGUAAUAUGACGGAGGAUAGUCUAAAUAGGUGUCAUGGGGAAAGAAGUGCGGAGUCCGACACUGAGCUGCAGCGCUUUGGCUGUCAAUCCACAAGAGGAUUUUGAAUGAGAUGGAAAAGACUGAGGAUGGACCAGUACAGAUAUAUUUCAUUUAUAUGAGAGCGAACUGAGAUAAAAUAUUCCUCAUUGGCUGGUUUAAAAGGGUCUACUGUAGAGGUCAUUCGUGCUACCAUCAGGAAUUGGGCUGCGGCCGAUGGGUUAUCCACCCAGUGUGGUCCAGAAGUGCAGUGUCAUCGUCUCCGAGCAUAGUGGGCAUUCAGUAGAUUCACCUGUGAAGCUGAUGGUGGAGUCAUCUUCCUCUGGAGGCAGGGGUGCUGAGGAAGGCGGACCACCUCCCCGCAUCUCAGAUGCUACAGACAGGCAGGAGAACAUAAUUCAAGGCAUGUUCUCCCAUUCUGGUACAUCGCAGACAGAGAAAAACCAAUCGCAGAGAAGCCAGGACCAUGAGGUGCCAGAGUCAUGUGAUAAAGUACAGCAUCAGACCAAUACCCAGCCAUGUGGCACUAAGCUCCCAAAUGGACAUGCAAGCCUCAAUGCACAUGAAGGGACUGAAGGCGACUUUCCUAAGUCAUCUAAUCCUACAGGAAGCUACUUGAAUUCUAAAGAAGACCAUAUGAUGGGAAACGGUGAACUUUCGGCAGACUCCAAAGGCGGUGCCGUUUCUUCUACAUCUCUGAUAAACCAGUCACACUCAGAAAUAACUCUACCACCUCAAGAUGGAGCUGAGGACAGAUGUUCAAAUACCCAGGAUUCAGUUUUCAAGACAACGCAUGGCGAAGAAGGAGAGCUGUGCUCGUCAGCCAGUCCGUCAACUCUAAAACACUCUCUCAGGACAUUUUCCUCUAGCUCUUUCUUCAACACUGACUCUGCUCCUCUCAGUCCAGAUGAUGACGAGACCUUUUCCACAUCAGAUGUACCUGAUGACUUAAGGUUCAUGGACGUGAGUCUGAAUUCCAGGAACACUUAUGAAAUCAGCCGUCGUCAGAGCGCCCCAGACAACAUCCCUGAUGUGUUGAGUGUUGCUGCCGCAGAUCUGACUCUCAGCCAGAGGAAACACGGCAUCUCGGAGAUCUUUAGCAGAAGUCUGUUCUCCAGAAAGCAGAGGGAGGCCCAGAGUGUACCAGGAUGGAAACUCUUUGGAAAGGUCCCGCUGAGAGAGAGUCCCCCCAAAGACUCCAAAACCAUACAGCAGGAAGGUAACCCAGGCAAUCUCACAUCUGUAUCUACACCCAAUCUCUUAAGUUCAGGGGAGUACGAGGCCAAGGUGUCUAAAUCCAGCCAGAGUCCCUCCCUGCCCACCCAGAGCCGACGGAAGAACCUGGAAUUCGAACCGCUGUCCACCACAGCGCUCAUAUUAGAGGACCGCCCCGCGAACCUCCCUGCUAAGUCGGAGGAGGAAGCCCAGCGCCACCGUCAGGAGUAUGAUGAAAUGGUGGCAGAGGCGAAGAAGAGAGAGCUGAAGGAGGCUCAGAAGAAGAAAAAGCAGAUGAAGGAAAGAUUUAAACAGGAGGAAAGCAUCGCUAACGCAAUGGUGGUUUGGAACAACGAAAUCCUUCCCAACUGGGAAAGCAUGCGUGGCCUAAGGCGUGUGAGGGAUCUGUGGUGGCAAGGUCUUCCGCCCAACGUGAGGGGUAAAGUCUGGAGUCUGGCCAUUGGGAAUGAGCUGAACAUAACCUCAGAUUUGUACGAGAUCUUUCUGUCACGGGCUAAGGAGCGCUGGAAGAGCUUCAGAGAGACAGGCAGUGAGAUAGAGUCAGAUGUGGACAGUGCCGACCGUGAGUCCAGUCUGGAUGUGAUCAAACUGGACAUCUCGCGCACAUUUCCAUCGCUCUUCAUCUUCCAGAAGGGUGGGCCAUACCAUGAUCUCCUUCACAGCGUGUUGGGCGCUUACACCUGCUACAGACCUGACGUGGGAUAUGUUCAGGGCAUGUCCUUCAUAGCCGCUGUGCUGAUCCUCAACCUGGAGGAGGCCGACGCUUUCAUCGCCUUCGCCAAUCUCCUCAACAAACCCUGUCAGAUGGCUUUCUUCAGAGUGGACCACGAGCUGAUGCUGAAGUACUUUGCAGCGUUUGAGGUGUUCUUUGAAGAAAACCUCCCCAGACUUUUCAGUCACUUCCAGAGUUACAACCUCACACCUGACCUGUAUCUGAUAGACUGGAUCUUCACCCUCUACACUAAGUCCCUGCCGCUAGAUGUGGCGUGUCGGGUGUGGGAUGUGUUCUGCAGAGACGGGGAGGAGUUCCUGUUCCGUACGGGACUCGGAAUCCUGCGGCUCUAUGAGGAAGUGCUCCUGCAGAUGGAUUUCAUCCACAUCGCUCAGUUCCUGACCAGACUGCCGGAAGACACACCGCCCGAACGCCUCUUCAGCUGCAUCGCCAACACUCAGAUGGUCAGCUGCAACAGGAAGUGGACACAGGUGUUUAAUGCCCUCAUAAAGGAUAAAGAAAUGGAAAAAAGCAGCAGUCCUUCAGUGAAAAAUUCUUGAACUCUCACCAAUUUCUAUUAUUUUACUCAAAUGAAUGCAUUAGCAGAGAGGAUUGUAUAAAACAGCGGUUUAAACAAGUCAAAUACAACGUAAAGAAAAAGCUAAACUUGAUUCCUUUGUAACCACGUCAGUAUUACUGAAGUUAAACUUUGUAUGAAUUAAAAAUAUAAGCCUUUCAUGAGAAAAUAUUCCACCAGCUUAGUCAUGUACUGUACCAGAUACCAGCAUCAGGCUUUUUUAAUAUUCCUCCUUGUUUAGAGGAGUCAAGUGGUGCAUUUGAACAAAUGUGCUGACAUGCAUACCAUUAGCUCUUUUUGUAUGCUAAAGUUUGUUUUGAAGGAGAUACAUUCAGAGCCUGUUUAAAGGGAUAGUUCACCAAAAAAUGAAAAUUCUGUCAUCAUUUACUCACUCUCAUGUCGUUCCAAAUCUGUAUGAGUUUCUUUCUUCUGUUGAACGCAAAUGAAGAUAAUUUGAAGAACGUUGGUAUCCAGACAGUUGACGGUAGCCAUUGACUUCAAUAGUAGGGAAAAAAAUACUAUAGAUGUCAAUGGGUGCCAUCAUCUGUCUGGUUAAGAACAUUCUUUAAAAUAUCUUCUUUUGUGUUCAACAGAAGAAAGAAACUCAUACAGAUUUGAAAUGACAUGAGGGUGAGUAAAUAAUGACAAAAUUUUCAUUUUUGGGUGAACCAUCCCUUUAAUGCACUUGAGAUUUUACCAGUAGAAUAGAACAGAGGUUCUGAGAUUUUAUAAAAUGUGAUGUUUUUUAAACGGUUUUGUUAUGUAGAGCAAGACCAUACUGAAGUGCAAUAGAAAUUGUAAAAAUAAGUCUGAUGCAGUUAAUAGUGCAGGAAUAAUGCAUUUAGUGUGUGAGGUAUUCAGAAGCAUUUUGAUGAAGAAUUAUUGCAUUUUCGCUGUCGACACUCUAUUGUUCUUCUUUUAAAACACUAAUAUGUAGCCUAAUUUUAAAACUAAAUCUUAUGUGUGACAGUAGAGCCCACAAACUCUAUAUGUGAAUAAUGCAUUCAGGCAUUUGUGUACUUAAUGUACAUUUUCUAAAAUGAACUGACAUUUGCCAGUUAAAGAAUAAGAAUGUGUGGUAUAAUAAUAAAAUUUGAGUCAUUUUUGUGUGAUUUCGGGUUCAAUUAUUUGAUGAAAUGCAUUGUUUAUCAUGGAUUUUAACCCUAAUAUCUGUAAAUAUUGGGUCUCUAAACAUUUUUUGAUUCGGUGAUGUAUCUUGAUGAAAAAUGUAAAUUGUAUCAUUAAUUCUUGGUUUGUUUUCUACACACUCCUGGUUUUAUUGUACAGUUUUCAUACUUGUGUGAAGAUAAAUUGUAAAUAGGUGAAAUAUUUGACACCACAAAAUUCAAAUGUGCAAAUAAAUUUAAAACUACAA